UUGCCCCGUUCGACAUAAAGAUAUGAAAGCGGUGAAGAGGGUCAGAAUAUUAAUUCCAUUGUUUUGGCGAUGAUGCAAGUGGACAGUUUGCAGAUCAGAAAAACCACAUUGUGACUAUGGACAGGCUCAUUUACGCAGAUUGCCCCUUCUAUCAUAUACCAUAUUGGCCACUGUCAUGAACACCCAUCAGCUCAAUUGAGACUACUCUAGCAAACCCCAUACCUUCAUUUGUCCUUGGAUUCACCUCCCGAUUUUGCCGCCAACACCUCAUAAAUAUACCGCACAGAGCUUCUAGUUAUCUAGUAUCGUCCCCUAUCUACGAUUUCAAGCACCAUGAACUCGUUAUUCAACGCGGCGCUAAAGCAGUCCUCUGCGCUCCGCCGCGAUCUGGAGGCCUUUGCCGAAGCUCCUACAACAACAUCCCCCGCCGUGCAAGGCCAAAUAUCCGCCUCCCUCACGUCUUUCUCCCGCACAAUCGACGACUACUCCUCUCUCUCCAAACAAGAACUCAUCCCGGCCAAGCAGGAACUGGCCUUCGAACGGUUGAAGAACUUCCGCACCGAGCUGGCAGAUUACAGGCAAUUGUUCGACCGGCUAAGGAAAGAGCGCGAGGAUGCUCAAUCCAUAUCAAACCGCAACGAACUCCUCGGCCGCCGCCCCCACCACGCAGCUACCCCCGAAAACCCCUACGCCCAAUCCAACCUCCCCCAAUCCUCCCCCUUCUCCAACCCAAACUACCCGCACCACCGCUCCUCGCCGAGUACCAGCGGCUUCGGCGGCGGCCCAACAAACUACGCACGCGAAGACCAAGUCCUACGCGAACAAUCCUUCUUUUCCAACACCAACAUACAGCUAGACGAGUUUCUCGACAGGGGCCGGGCGGUGCUGGGUGACCUCGGGCAGCAGCGGGAGAUACUCAAGGGGACGCAGCGGCGGUUAUAUAGCGUUGGGAAUACGCUCGGGGUAAGCGGGGAUACGAUACGGACGAUUGAGCGGCGGGCGAAGCAGGAUAAAUGGAUAUUUUGGGGAGGGGUUGUUGUUUUUUUCUUGUUUUGUUGGGCGGUUCUGCAUUUUUUGACGUGAAGGGGGAUUUUUGCUGGUUUGUUGCUUUUUAUUUUUCUAAGAUUCAUAUAUGUAUGUAUGUAUGUAUGUAUGUGUAUGUAUACGUCCAUGGAUCGGGUAUCAGUGGAUGGUUUGAAGGCUUUGUCUACGUUGUGAUUUUCUGAUGCUCUCUAUUUCUAUUUUUUCCUAUUUUUGCGGUUUAGUUUGGUACUCGGCAUGGGUAAUGUAACGCAUGUAGUUAUCAGUCACUUUUUGCAUUUCGCGUCUUUGCUCAGAUGCUUCCGCCCUUGCCUACUUCCCUUGCUAUACUAAUGGCUAGUACGCCCAAAGGAGACGGACCCAGAUGAAUCCCCAUAUCUCCUCUAUCCUAACCAUGUAUCUUUUCGAAUUUUCACUGGCGAUCCCGGGAGAUUUGGACGAGCGCAACUCAGAAUACACCUUGCGGUCCAUUCUGGAGGAUGCGUUCCCCAGUCCCCUAUACAGUACUUUUACCCAGUAAACCCCCUGAAAUGACGACGGCAACAGGGCCUCCAUUCCCAGCCAACACCGCUAGAAAAAAAGAAGAAAACAACAAGAAAACCCACUUCAAAAGCUUCCCUCCAUCACCCAGUUCAAUUAAAUCAAUAAAAAUAAGAAAUAUCCACCAAACCUCCAACAAUGCUCGUCGCAAUCCCACAACCCUGGCUCUCCUGACUCUCAGCGCCAGCGUCAUCGCCGACUCAUCCGACUCGUCCUGCUACUUCUGCUACAAGGGCUCUCCCAGCAAUGGAAAGGGACAGUUCCCAACAUGGAUACAAGUACUACCAUACCGCCAAUGACAUGGAGUGCUGGAGAUCGACGCAUCCGAUGAACGAUUGUUUUACGGAGUGUUGCGAAAAGGGGGGAAAGAAGGCUUGGGUUUUCCGUGCAGUACUUCGUAUGGCUGUUGAGGCAUAUUUUUUUAUUUUCUUUUCGUGCCUUGUGUUGUUGUCCUGUGCUGGGUUUAGUUGGAUUCGGGGAUAUAUCUGAGUGAUGUUGUCUCGGCGGAAAUUCAUUACGAACUCAAAUAAGAGAGAAUAGCUGCCAAUAUUCUUCGGGGAAACGGUAUAGCGAAUCUAAACUUGCAG